AUAUGGGUAGGUGGCUAGGGCUUGGGUUGGGGGACGAUGCGCAUUCGGUGCCCAAGGGCAGGCACAGCUAUUUGUAUAUCUCUCUUCUCUUUCUCCUACUCCACAAAUCAUCUUAGAAAUUUCUCUGCGCGCUCCUCCAGCUUCCUCCUUCAUUUUACUCCUCAACCGCUUCGCCGCUCUACCAUGGCAGGAGAGUCGGACGACAUCGUUACCAAAGAGAAGAUGAUCGCCCAGUACGGCUUCGACCGAGAUGAGAUGUAUCAGAGCAAACUUGCUGGAACCGUUGACCCCUACGAUCGUCACGUGUUCCUCUGCUAUGGGUCUGCAGAGUCCUGGCCUCCACGCCUUGAGGAUUCCGUCGACGAUUCGUUCCCUAGAUUGUUUGCUGCUGCUCUCAAAGCUCGUAAAGAUGAAAUCAAACUUAAGACUCGUAUGACCAUAUUUGAGGAAUAUCGUGAGGCCAAUUUGUCGAGCGGAGAUAUACUGAUUUUCCCGGAUAUGGUUAUAUAUAGGGGUGUGCAAGAUUCAGAGAUAGAUAGCUUAGUUGAAGACGUACUCGUUAAAGAGCUGCCUUGGCAUAGAUCGGCGGAGCAGUUGGAUGGUUCCUAUGUAUUUGUUUGCGCUCAUAGCAAACGUGACAACAGAUGUGGUGUCUGUGGCCCUAUUCUGGUUGAAAAAUUUAGGGAGAUUGGGAACAAGGAGUUGGGUGAGGAAGUGACUGUGGCUGCUUGCUCACAUGUUGGGGGACACAAGUAUGCGGGGAAUGUGAUUAUUUUUAGUGCAGGACGUGAUGGAAAAGUUGAUGGUAAUUGGUAUGGGUAUGUCACACCUAAUGAUGUCCCUGACUUGAUCAAGAAACAAAUUGUCAAUGGACAAAUCAUUGACCGGAUUUGGAGGGGUGGAAUGACGCAAAAUGCUAAAGAACCUGAAAAUGGCAAGGUAUCUGAGCUUGCAGCUAAUGGAACCUGCUGCCAGGGUAGCAAUAGUGGGUUCCGUUGCUGCCAAGAAAACAAUGGCGAGAAGGAGAAGGCUGGGCUCUCAAGCUGGACGGCGAAAUUGGAGCAGCGCCGUGUCCUCACAACAGUAGGUUUGGUUACUGCUGUGGCCGCUGUGGCUGUUGCCUACGGGUUCUACCGAAAGGCCAGCAUACAUGCUCGACAACAAUAUGUAAUGACUAACCUCACAAGGAUCUGAUUCGAGCAGUUUCUUUGCUACGAAUUCUCCCAUCUCCGUGUUGUGAUAAAUACGGCAAGCAUUAAGCAAUGCUCCCCAUACGUUGGCAUCGACAGGCCCCGGCAUUUGAGCUAUAAAUGCCAUGGCCUUGUCUAGCUCACCGGCCCGGCCAAGAAGGUCGACUACUAUCGCAUAAAAUCGAAACAAAAGAUACAUCAUUCGGUGUAACAGAAGAAUGCUCGAUCAUUUGACGAAAUAGCUCCAGAGCCUCCAGGCCUUUCCCAUGAAGCCCAUACGCCGCAACCAUGGAACUCCAGGUAACAACAUCUCUGUCUAUUUUAUGUUCGAACACUACAAUGGCGUCGCCCAAGCUACCGCAUUUUGAAUAAGAUUCUAUUAAUGAGA